UGCUGUAGCAGUCUUAAGCUAGGGGAAAAAGAAAUGGCUCUACUCCUGCUGUAUAAUAUAUUAUUUAUUGUGUUUCUGGAGCUGGGAGAUAAAAUAGUGGUUAGUAUUGAAUGAAUAAACUGUAACUAUUAUGUUGUCAACUUCAAAACUACCUCAAAAGCCUUCAGACUGCACAGCAUCGUACUUCACGAACAGCAGCGUUCACGUUUCAUCACGGAGAAACCAAUACAGGAGAAAUUAUCUUCAGAUAAGAAUAUUACGAGGAUCUUUCCUAGCCCAAGAAAAUGCCGUCCAGAAAUCAUCUUGACAAAGUUGGACGCAAGAAAAAGAAGAAAUGGACAGAGGAGGCCAUGGAGCGAGCGCUGAUAGAGGUGAAGUCUGGGAGAUGCACGGUGAGGCAGGCGGCCAAGGAGUUUGGCGUCCCCAAGUCCUCGCUAGGAGACAGAGUGAGUGGACGGGUGACACCGGGGAGCCGCAGCGGGCCGGCUCGGCUCAUCACCUCCGCAGACGAGAAGCUGCUGGUGGAGUUCUCCUUAUACAUGUCCGAGCAUGGAUUCCCACUUACCAAGCAGCAGGUAGUGUCCUUCGCAUCGUCCAUUUAUAAGCGGCAGCACCGGAGGGUGGCAUUUUCCAAACUCGGCCAGACGUGGUGGCUCAAUUUUCGAAAGAGGCAAGAAAAGAACAUUACUAUUCAGCCAGCAGACAAUGUUGUGCGUGGGAGGACAGUGUGUGUCAGGAAGGAAGCGGUGGAUCAGUUCUUUCGUCUGUUGAGCACGGUUGAAGACACACACGGGCUCAGAGACUCGCCGAGCCAGAUCUACAACUGUAGCGAGACGGGCUACCAGUUGGGCAGGAGGAAGGCUGUCCUCUCCAAGCCCACGAGUCUGGGCUACAAGCCAGCGCCAAGCUCCAGGGACCACAUCUCUGUCCUGGCUUGCUUCAACGCAGCUGGAGAAGACAUUCCUCCAUUUGUCAUCUACUCCAAGGCCUAUCCAGGAGGAGUGUGCUACAAGACGCAAGGCCCGCCUAACGCCCUCUACGGGUGGUCAGAAUCUGGUUUCGUCAACUCAGAGCUCUUUAAGAAGUGGUUCCUCAAACAUUUUCUCCUCCAUGCGGCAAAGGAGCGUCCUCUGCUGCUGAUCUUCGACGGCCACAAGUCGCCGGUGAGCCUGGAGGUGGUGGAGUCGGCCCAGAAAGAGGGCGUCAUCCUCCUUUGCCUGCCUCCCCACUGCUCGCACAUCCUGCAGCCGCUCGACACCAGCCUUUUCGUGGUCCUGAAGCAGCGUUUCGCUUCGCUCACAGGGGACGGCGACGCCGACGGCCACUUCGCCGUCAGCAAGAAGGAGUUCUCGGGGGUGUUGAACAGAAUGUAUCAGAUAACAAAGGAAGAGGAAGGUGUCCGGAUUGUGAAGGAAGGCUUUAGGAAAUGUGGCAUUUUUCCGCUUAACCACUACGCGCUUAAUGAGGUUCAUUUAAUGCCUUCACACAGCAUCGACCCCGCUGCUGGCGACUCCUUGUUAAAAUCGGCAGAAGGCAUGCACUCUGUAGCGGAGCUCGCAGCACCUGGACCCUCCUCCUAGCUCAUUACCAAUUCAUCAAACUGUCUGUACCUUUGAGGUGAGCGGGGUCGGUCCUCCUGAGGAAACCGUGACUGGUCGCAUAAUUCAGCCAAACCCAAUCAACUCAGACUAGUCCUGCUCAUUAAGAUGCCGAGUGGGUUUGCGGUCCUGUGGGGGCGUCACGCCGCACCACCCCCCUGCUUCCGUGCAGGACGCUCUGUUUAUCCACCGGCCAGAAUAAAGGGAUGUGUUGAUAUUUAA